AUGACAAAAACAAUGAUAAAUCCACCAUGGAGGGAGAAAGAAGGGAACAAAAAACCGGUGAUAAAUUGGGACAUACUUGCCGAGUUUUGGAGGAGGCAAAGCAUAUUGGUGGUGUACAAGACGUCAUUGCAAGGAGUGCGUGUGCGUCGGACGUACGAGUAUUGCAUGCAUGUGAUAGCAAUCUUGAAGCAUCAAGAACUGGUGGUGAACGAGAUGGACAUAGAUUUUGGACACUUGAGUAUUGAGCAUGCUCAAGGAGCUUCUCCAAGAGAAGCAACGGAAAGUUAG